GGCUGUGUCUCCGCCCGGCGAUCGCGCAGAUGGCGGCGCUGGCGACCGUGGCCAAGAAGGUGUGGAGCGCGCGGCGGCUGCUGGUGCUGCUCUUCGCGCCGCUCGCGCUGCUGCCGGUGGUCUUCGCCCUCCCGCCCCAGGAAGGCCGCUGCCUGUUUGUCAUCCUGCUCAUGGCAGUGUACUGGUGCACGGAGGCCCUGCCCCUCUCGGUGACGGCCCUCUUGCCCAUCGUCCUCUUCCCCUUCUUGGGCAUCCUGCCCUCCAACAAGGUGUGCCCCCAGUACUUCCUGGACACCAACUUCCUCUUCCUCAGCGGUCUGAUCAUGGCCACCGCCAUUGAGGAGUGGAACCUGCACCGGAGAAUCGCCCUCAAGGUCCUGAUGCUCGUUGGGGUCCAGCCAGCCAGGCUCAUCCUGGGAAUGAUGGUGACCACCUCCUUCCUGUCCAUGUGGCUGAGCAACACCGCCUCCACUGCCAUGAUGCUGCCCAUCGCCAGCGCCAUCCUGAAAAGCCUCUUUGGCCAGGAGACUCGGAGGGACCUCAGCCAGCAGGGUGAAGAGAACUCAGCCGCCGUGCGGAGAAACGGUCUGCAUGCUCUGCCCACGGAGGUGCAAUUUCUUGCCGGCACAGAAGACAAAGACUGCCCUGAGGCGGAAGCUCCCUUGGAUCUCCUGGCAGACUGCAAGAAGGAAGGGGAGUACCGCAGAAACAUCUGGAAGGGCUUCCUCAUCUCCAUCCCCUACUCGGCCAGCAUUGGGGGCACUGCCACCCUCACGGGCACGGCCCCCAACCUCAUCCUGCUUGGCCAGCUCAAAAGUUUCUUCCCACAGUGCGAUGUGGUGAAUUUCGGCUCCUGGUUCAUUUUCGCCUUCCCUCUCAUGCUGCUCUUCCUGCUGGUGGGCUGGCUGUGGAUCUCCUUCCUGUACGGGGGAAUGACCCUGAGGGGCUGGAGGAAGAAGAAAUCCGGGAUCAAAACUGAUGCAGAAAACAGGGCUCGAGCCCUGAUUCGGGAGGAGUUCGAGAACCUGGGGCCCAUCAAGUUUGCUGAGCAGGCCGUGUUCGCCCUUUUCUGCAUGUUCGCCAUCCUCCUCUUCUCGCGGGAUCCGAAGUUCAUCCCCGGCUGGGCCAGCUUCUUCGCCCCUGGGUUUCUUUCUGAUGCUGUCACUGGAGUGGCCAUUGUCACCAUCUUGUUCUUCUUCCCGUCCCAAAGGCCCUCUCUCAAGUGGUGGUUUGACUUGAAAGCUUCGAACACAGAGCCAGAGCCCCUGCUGACAUGGAAGAAGGUCCAGGACACGGUGCCCUGGAACAUCGUCCUUCUCCUGGGAGGGGGCUUCGCCAUGGCCAAGGGCUGUGAGGAGUCAGGGCUGUCUGCGUGGAUCGGCGGGCAGCUGCACCCUCUGGAGAACGUGCCGCCCGCACUGGCUGUGCUGCUCAUCACUGUCGUCAUCGCCUUCUUCACCGAGUUUGCUAGUAACACGGCCACCAUCAUCAUCUUCCUGCCCGUCCUGGCGGAGCUGGCCAUCCGCCUGCGAGUGCACCCCCUCUAUUUGAUGGUCCCCGGCACGGUCGGCUGCUCCUACGCCUUCAUGCUCCCCGUCUCAACGCCCCCCAACUCGAUUGCCUUCGCCUCUGGACACUUGAUGGUCAAAGACAUGGUGCGGACAGGCCUCCUGAUGAACCUGAUGGGCAUCCUACUGCUCAGCGUGGCCAUGAAUACGUGGGCACAGACCAUCUUCCAGCUGGGCACCUUCCCGGAUUGGGCCGACAUCCACUCGGCCAACCUCACAUCACUGCCGUCUGCCUCGGCCAACGACACAUUUCGGACCCUCUGAGUCCCCCUCCGGGACUCUCUUUGGGCUGGGCCCUCCCAGAAGGCUUUUGCCGUCACCUGCUGCUAAGACUCCACAGGACGAUCAAGCGGUUCUUUUCUGUGAUCCAGUAUGCAGCAAGCAAGGGUGACCUCCAGUGGUCCACUUGGGUCCACAGGCUCGUUAUCUAGGACAUCCUUUCCUCUUUCAUGCAGGUUGGGGGCCCAGAUUAUCUCCCAGAUCUGCCGCCUGAGAAACGGACUCCUUUAUCUCUGAGCUGUUCUGUGGCUACGAUGUAAGAGAGCCUUCUUCCAGCAAUCUGGAACGGCGUUUGUCUUAAACAGCUGGAGCGGGGGCCCCUCGAUGUGCAUGGGCACAGCUGACAUGCCCCCACUGCCUACUUUAGGCUACACCCUGGAGAGAUCAUCUCGCCUUUAGGGAUCACCUGCCUCACAGAGGCUGUUGGGGCUGCACGGGUGACUCCUGUCCGGCCCGGCAGUGCCCGUUCUGUGCCCGCGCCCGUUCUGUGCCCGCUGUUUGAGUUUCACCACUGCUAACCCCCAGCAGCCAAGAACAGAUGACUUCCUGAGGCCGCAGAGGCUGUGCAAAGCCUCCCUACGGCUCCUCUGUGUGCCUGAGCACACCAGGAACGUUCUAGAAAUCCCAGCUGACACUUCUACCCAUGCUGCUUAGGGUUUUCCUGUUAAUCAGAGUCAGUCUGACCAUAAUUCUGGAGUCAGGCCACGCCUGGGCUCUCAUGUCCCGCCUGUGGCCCAAGGUCCUUUCAGCAAGGACUGUCCUGCGUGUGUCCCUCAGGGGCCUUUGAGGCCGCCAGCUCCUCCUCGUUCAGCAGCUGGUCUUUACCUCCCCACCCACACCUCGAGGGCUAAGCAUAUUUAAUGAGCCAAGGGCACGUUUUUUUUCGGAGAUGAGAGGGGGGAAGAAAAAGUCAGAAGAUAAAUUGGAGUCUCAUAAGAGGCCAGGGUGAAAUUUCUCAGGCAGGCAAAAUACCACAACCCUCUUCUCCAGACGGGGCCAGCGGAGACUUCCCUGGAGCCAGUGGCUGGUGGGUGGGAGCUAUAGGAGAGGAUGUGAUCCCUCCCCGUUUCCAGCAGAGGCUUCUGGGCAUCCCCGGUGAACAGCACGGUAUGAAGUCCAGUGGGUGCUCGGGAAGUGGAACGAGGGGCCCAGCAUCAGCCUGGCAUCGGCAAAGGUACCAGGAAGGGGCCCAGAAGCUUUAUGUCCCCGCUUCCUACGCAUCCAAGGGAUGAGUUUCUUCCGGGCAGCGUGGGCUGGGAAGGUACCACCUGUAGACUGAACUCCGUCCGGUACGAGUGAGUCAUGGAUGUUUCCCUGGGAGCAAUGGAGAGAGGGGAGAGGCCUCCAGUUGGAGAAGGGGCUCCGCCUCUUCCCACAUGAGCACUUUAGUAUUUAGCCACAGUUACAGCCCAUGGCAGGUGGAGGCUGCUCUCCUGGAGAAUGGGAGAUGGGAGAAACCCAUGGGACCUGUAACCUGAUGAAUCGUGAUUUCAAAUCCUUCCGAUUGAAAACACUAUAAAAUAAAGAAUGUUAAUCAACAGUG